CAUCAAGUUCAACUAGGCCUAGGCCUAAUCUGAGUCCCAUCUGAGUCUACGUUGGACCUGCCUUACGCUACAGGCGAAUUAAAAGGAGAUGUCUGACGCGAGCCCACAGACUCGUUUACAGAAGAGUUUGGUCAGUCGUCGCCAGUUUCUUCUGUCUGGACUGGAGGAAUCGGAGAAACGGGAGCUGGCGGAGAAGAUUUCCAGACUUAGUGGAGUGUAUCUGGAGUCCGAGAAUUUUAAGCCGGCAUGUACCCAUUUAGUCUGUGGUCGACUUUCCCGCAGUGAGAAGUUUCUGUGUGCCUGUGCUAUGGGGAUCUGGGUUCUCCACCCUCGAUACAUCAUAGACUCCGCAGAGAAAGGGGAGUGGCUGAGAGAGGAAGACUUUGAGUGGGUUAAUUUCUCCACUGGUAUCUCACUGGAAAUGGCUAAUGCAGCGCGUCGAUGGAGAUUUAAUGUGGAGGCUUUCAGGUCAUUUCCAUUUUCAGGAUGGAAAGCAGCAGUGAUUGUCCGAGGGUCAAGGAAAAGCUCUAUCUAUGCCAGACUGCUAUCCUGUGGUGGUGCGGAGGUCUACAAGUUGUCCUUGCCUGUGGGGAAUAGAAGCCGGGUAGCUAACAUUCUAACUUACGUUUUUGUUGGAGAGCGCAACAUACAAGAUGCUCUUCAUUUGAUUGAAUACGGCAUCCUUUGUCUGCGUCCAGAGUUUAUUGGUGAUUACAUAUUACAGGAUCCCCCUCCAGACCCUCUAGAUUACCUUAUAAAGCCAGUCGCCAGUCCUUGUAAAAGAGAUCUCAGUAGCGUGGAUCUGGACAACAGUUUGAUGGACAUUCAACUCAGCCAGUCCACCUCCCUCCUGUCUACCCCGUCCUCUCAGUUGCUGGGGUCCCUUGAUACUGCGUCACGGGGGUCAGAAAGUAACACACCACAGGGGUCAGCCUGUAACACCCCCCGGGGAUCAGCAUGUAACACCCCCCAGAAGUGGUCAGAUCUACAGAACAACAGAGUCCCUAACUCUCCACUUGUACCGACAGAUUUCUCCAUGAGAGUAGAUGCUCCCUGUUCCUCAUCUGUACCAGAUUUAACACAGAGAAAAAGUCAGAAGAGGAAGAUGAUGGACGACUUGGAUAAUGCUGUACAUCAACUCAAGAAGGUCAAGGUAGCACAUCAAGGGGAUUUAUGGCAUUCUUCUGUGUUUACAGGAUUGUCAGCGGAAAACAAACAGGAGGUAGAAGUCGCCUCCCCUUUCUCAGAGAACCUAGCUGGGAUGAUCAUGGCUUGUUUUGAGGAGGAGAGUAAUGACCUGGAGUUCUUCCUGUCUGGGCUGGACCUGGUGAUGUCCAGUAUAUCGGACCGACAGUUCCCAACAGACAAUAUCAUCAGAACUAUUGUCAGGGGACUGAUAAAGGACAGGGGAUCAAAGAGCCCCCAAACUGAGUUGAUCCAGUAUCGCUGUUACAACGUCCUGAUGAAAAUCCUCUCUCUACACCCACCCACCACCCCCACGACCACCGAGCUUUACCGGGCAGCAUACACAGAUACUCAGGAUACCACACAGACCCAGGGCACAGUGUUCAGCUCUUUUCUCCGGAGACUGGCUGACACAGAUAGUACAACUUUUCCAAAAGGCCAUGUUCUGCUACUGAGGUUUAUUGUAGCGGCCCUGGAAGUCAAUCUCCAGCAUUAUUUGGACAGAAUUGAGAAAGAGGAGAUAAAUAUCCGUAAACUGAGGGGAUGUAUGUACGCUCAGAUUUUAUGGCCUGGCAGCACACUGUUGUCUGUCAGUGCCACGUGUAAGGACUUGGUUAAACUGUUUGGAUUCUGUGUCACUGAAGAUAUGGAUGACUCAAUGAAGAGAGACCUGAUAAAGCUGAGCACCAGCCUGAUUUGUAUGGCAGUACUUAUUGCACAGUACGUAGAGACAGGUCAGAGGUUAAACUUACAGGAGCCAAUCGUACCCAGCCAUACAGCAGCCUCCUUACUGCACGAAGCGGUACGCCAAGUUCCAAGCACUCUCAGGAUAGAGUUAUUAAGAACAAUUCUUAGGAACCUGAGUCCUUCUUGGAUUGCUGUUCAUUUCUGCUGCUUACUUCUCAAAAAUCUAGACGAUUAUCUUCUGCUGCAAGAUCUUCCAGCGGAGGGCAUAAGUCUGAAGGAAAUUGUCACAAAGUACUUCUUUCUGUUACCAAAACUUAACAGCAAUCAAAGUAAUCUAAGACAGAGUUCACAUAAAAAGAGGAGUGUAUCCAGGUCACAGCAGGAGAGUAACACGAGAACGAGGAGAUCGCUGCUGAAGGGGAGAGACAAGGAGAACGAAGGAUUGGGUGAGGGAACCAGUACAACGUCAGCUGGGAAAAAUGUCAACAAGAAGAACAUUAAAGGAGAAACUCCUCUACAAGCAGCUUGUAUUAAAAACGAUCUGAAGAAGGUCAGGCAGCUUCUGAAGAUUCCAGGUGUGGAUGUUAAUACCAAGGACAAUGCUGGGUGGACUCCGUUACAUGAAGCUUGUAAUCUCGGACACGUAGAAGUUGUAAAAGAGCUGCUAAAUUUUGUUCCUGACAAAACUAUGGACCAUUUCUUCAGCCCAGGAGGUGAUAAGAAGUGUAGGAAGGUGAACCUGUUGGCGGUGACUGAUGACCUGAUUACCCCGCUCCAUGAUGCCGUGAUGAACAACAGACUGGACGUGUGUAAACUGCUCCUACAGCACGGAGGUCCAGCCAUGUUAGAAAGUAAAACUGCUUUAAAUCAGACACCAUUAGACCUGGCCACUACAAGUCAAAUGAAGGAAAUUCUGUUGUCCUUCACAGAGGAUCGUUCAGCAAGGUCAUGUUCUCAAGGCAGCGUCAGCAGUGAUGGCCCGGCAGACUCUCCCCCCAGUGAUUACCUGUAUGAGCAGGUGCUGGGAGGGGAGGAUCGUGGAUUUGCAGACCGAGAGGAGUGUGCUAAGUACAUCGCUGUGAUAACUACAUUGAUUCAUUCUUAUCUUAAAGUGAUGGACUACAAUCAAAUUCAGGCUCUAAUGAAUGGAAAACUGAACCUGUCUUGUAAAAGUGACAAACACCAUGGAAAGAGCGAAAAGGUCAUAAAACAGUAUAAUGGAACAGAAGGUUGUUCUAAGAAAACUGUCAGUUGCUCAACUGAAAAUGGAUCCACUCCCACACAAGCAGUGAAAGGUUCAGGAGUAUUACAAUUCCAUCAAGACUUUGGAACAGCCUUUAAAUUGUCAGUGUACAUUGAAAGAUUUGCCGGUCACAUCCUGAAAAUCACAGAAGACAAGGACUUUGAAACUCUCCGAUUUGACUUAGGUUUGCUGAAGCAGAUUGCCUUUUCUUGUAAGAUGUCAGUUAAUUGACAGAAUUCUAAGAGCAUAACAUAUUAGAGAUAGAAUGAAUCUCACACAAAUAGAAUUCAGUGAAAGGAAAAUCAAACUUGGGCUUAGUGUAUAACAGACUUAAGAUGUAUCUUCACAGAGGUCAUUAGCUCAUCCAGUAUGGUAGUUUUUCUAAAAAAUUCCAUGUCAUAAAAUAUUUUGUACAUGUAGAAAUAUAGUUUUUUAAAAUUAAUUACAAGUUCGAUUUAUUAUAAAAGAAAAGUGACUCCUUGUG